AGACUUUUUUUUCCCUCCCCACCUUGAAGUCAUAUCAGCCUUGCACCUCUCUGCAAGCAACUCAUCUCCUCGUAAACCUUCCCUUCGGCGAGCUUCAUGCUAGACACACACGGGCUGUCAUCCUCAGCCCCGAUCUCCUUUGUUUUUGCCCCCUUUGCACUUCGUGUCACUGUAGACGCGUGUUUAGUGCAUUUUUAGUUUUGGAGGUGGUUGGGGAGGGGGCAUUUCUUUAUUUCUUGAACAGGAGGGAGGGAGGGGGUGGUGCUGCUGCCGCCGCUGCUGCUUUGGCAAGUGCUUGCAGAGGACAGAUCGUAGAACUGGCAGGAACCCGGUGGGUUUUGUGCUGGUCAUAACAGCUGCACAGAAUGUUAAACCCGGCUAACGGAGAGCACACUCACAUGGUGAACUAUGUAGAGGAUUACCUGGACUCCAUCGAAUCCCUGCCAUUCGACUUACAGAGAAAUGUGUCCCUGAUGAGGGAGAUCGACGCCAAAUACCAAGAUAUCCUGAAAGAACUGGAUGACUAUUAUGAAAAAUACAAGCGUGAAUCAGAUGCAAUACAAAAGAGGCGACUCCUCCAGUUUAUCCAAAGAGCUCUUAUUCGGAGUCAGGAGUUGGGUGAUGACAAAAUUCAAAUAGUCAGUCAAAUGGUGGAGUUGGUUGAGAACCGGACAAGACAAGUGGACAGUCAUGUGGAACUGUUUGAAACAUGCCAGGACUUAAAUGACAGCACUAGUAACAGCAGCAAAAAUAACCAGGAAAAGUCCAAAAAUGAGGCUGUUUCUCAGACUGAAAAACCAAGCAAUAAGAGAUCAAGAAGACAAAGGAACAAUGAGAACCGAGAAAAUGCGACCAUCAAUCAUGACCAUGAUGACCUCACUUCAGGUACACCCAAGGAGAAGAAGGCGAAAACAGCAAAGAAGAAAAAGAGAUCUAAAGCUAAAGCAGAACGAGAGGCAUCCCCCGCAGACCUUCCCAUUGAUCCUAAUGAGCCAACGUAUUGUUUGUGUAACCAAGUUUCUUAUGGUGAAAUGAUUGGUUGCGAUAACGAAGAAUGUCCAAUUGAGUGGUUUCACUUUUCUUGUGUUGGACUCAACCAUAAACCAAAGGGGAAAUGGUACUGCCCUGAAUGCAGAGGGGAGAAUGAGAAGACCAUGGGCAAGGCUCUUGAGAAAUCUAAAAAGGACAGAGCAUACAAUAGGUAGUUUUAUAGAGGAUUAUCAAAGGGAUGGGGGGAAAAAUAAAACAUAUUUAUUGUCCGAAUCACCUUGUGAUGGUGAAAGGAUUGCUAAUUGUAUAUCUUUUUUUAAAAAAAAGAGAAAACCGCUUGGUGUGACCCAUUCUUAUCACAGUGAUAGCAAUAACACCUUUCUUGAAAAUGUGGCAAAAGAACCAUUUAUGAGCUAAGCUGAUCACCUUUAGUUUCAAAAUGUCCCAUGCAUCUUUCCAUAUUCCUAUACUUUAGGGUGCACUGAGAUCAAAGAACUAUUAUUAAUCAUGGUGAGUCACAAAAUGUUGACUUUGAAAGCACUAUGUCCAUCAGAAUAUAUGUGUUUUGGGGUUUUUACUGGCCCUCACCACUUGGCAAAGAUGCUUUUUCAAGACAUUUGCAAAAGUCAUCCUGUAAAUGUUUUUCUUCUGUUAAUUGUCCUUUCAGUGGCAAUGGAAUGGCUUAAUGAUAAAACAAAAAAUGAAGCAGAUCGAAUGCUCCAAAAAAAAAAAAAAAGAAAAUGUGCAGAUUGUAGUCCAACAGUUGACAACUGAACACCUUAAAUACAGAGGAAUAUUUUUUAAGAGAAAUGUAAUGGGUUACAUUUUACGUGGCAAAUAUUUUAUACUGUAUUCUGGCCUCUUGACCAAAGGAGGUCAUUUUAAAACAACUGAUUAAUUUUUUUGUAUAGAACCAGAUAGUUGGUUUAGUACGUUUCACACAAAUCAAGCUUUAUAACGUGACAUUUUGUUUGGAGCAAUCCUUAUUUGUAUAAAUGUACAUUUUAAGUGGAAUUGCACUUAAUGUAUUAUAAUUGGAAAUGCAGCCAAAUGCCAUUGUAUAUCCAGUGUGCAUUUCCUUCUGUAUGUAUGAACACUUGUACAGCUGUGAUACUUUAAAAUAAAUGACAGAUCUAUGGCAAA